AUGUGUCGUUUCCCCAGGUCCUUUGGGGCUCAUCUGCCCCAGUCGAUUCAGAGCGCUCAUCAGACGCCGUCGCGAUCCCCACGGCCUGCCGGGCGCCUGGUGGGUGAGUCAGAAAUCUCCUCAACACGUGAUGGAGGGCAGGCAGCGGCUGAUGGUCGCGGUGAUAUAAGAAGGGUGGCAGGAUCAUGGCAGUGGAAGAGGAUGAUCACUGUGACUUUUAUCAGGCAUGGAGAGAGCGAGGAUAACUUGAAACCCAUCUGGGCAGGAUGGAAAGACGCCCCGCUCUCUGAGCUCGGUCGAAAGCAAGCACAGGCCCUGGGAGCCUCGCUAUCCACCACCCGCCUGACCCACAUUUACGCCUCGUCCCUCCUCCGUGCACACGCCACCGGCCUCGCCGUGCACACGCACCAACCGGCUCCCCAACCCCCCUUCACCGUCUCCCCGCACCUGCGAGAGCAGCACUUCGGCGUCGCCGAGGGGCACAGCUGGGUCAUGCACGCGCCCGACGGGGUCACCCUCGAAGAGAUGUAUACGAAGAAAGUGUACCCCGUGCUCUAUGGCCGCGAGGAGAAGUUUCCCGACGGCGAGAGCUUGGAUGAUCUUGCAAGGAGGGCGGAGGAGGCGUUAAGGGAGUGCGUGUUGCCUCACGUGAAGGUGGACGGCGAGGGGGAGGAAACACAUGUUGCGCUGGCGAGCCAUGGGCUGUGCAUUAGUGAGUUGAUGUCGGCGCUAAUCAGGCUCGAUCCCGAGGCGAGGAAAGGGCAGAAGUAUAGUGGCCUGUUGAACACGGCGUGGGCGAGGGCGGAGAUACGCAUUAGAGACGGCCAUAAUGGUCCUAUAGAUCCCUCGAAUCCUCCACCGCUCGAGGUGAGGGUAACACACUUCAAUCAUAAAGAUCAUUUGAAUACACUGAAGGAGAUCCCGCCCACGCACGUCGAGGUUGAUGGUGCCCGAGCAGAGGCCAAAGCCUUCUUCGGAGGCCAGACUGUGCAAGCGUAG